CCAUUCCCAUCCCACCCAAAAACAAAGAGAGAGAAGAAGAAGAAAAAAGAUCGAUCUCAAAAUAUAUACAUAUAUAGAAGAGAAGAAAAAAAAUGGUGAACUUGGUAGCAGCGCAGAAGCCGCUGCUGAACCUCCUGAUGAAAAUGGCCGGCGUCAAAACCCAUACCGUGGAGAUAGAGCCCGGCACCGUGAUGAACUUCUGGGUCCCCGUCGAAACCAUCCCCAAACCCACAAAACGACAACAACAGGAAUCAGAAAAGGCCGAAGUAACCCUAAAAAAGCCGACGAAGCCCGUGGUGGUGCUGGUCCACGGCUUCGCCGGCGAGGGGAUAGUGACGUGGCAGUUCCAGGUUGGAGCCCUAACCAAGAACUACUCCGUCUACGUCCCCGACCUCCUCUUCUUCGGCGGCUCCGUCUCCGACAGCGCCGACCGGUCGCCGAGGUUCCAGGCGGAGACGCUGGUGAAGGGGCUGAGGAAGCUCGGGGUGGAGAGGUGCACGGUGGUCGGGUUCAGCUACGGCGGCAUGGUGGCGUUCAAGAUGGCGGAGCUCUACCCAGAGAUGGUUCGGGCCAUGGUGGUUUCCGGUUCGAUCCUGGCCAUGACCGACUCGAUCAGCGUCGAGACUCUGGGCCGGAUCGGGUUCAAGUCGUCGUCCGAGCUGCUGCUGCCCACUUCGGUUAAGGGCUUGAAGGCCCUGUUAUCGGUUGCUGCUCACAAGAAGCUCUGGUUCCCUGACCGCCUUCACAAGGACUUCCUCGAGGUGAUGUUCGGUAACAGGAAGGAAAGAGGCGAACUCCUGGAAGGGCUGGUCAUCAGCAACAAAGACACAACUAUUCCCAACUUCCGACAGAAGAUACAUCUCCUGUGGGGAGAGAAUGAUCAGAUCUUCCAGCUAGAGCUUGCCCACAACAUGAAGGAGCAAUUGGGAGAGAAGGCAACAGUUGAAAGCAUAAGCAAAGCAGGGCAUCUGGUUCACCUGGAACGCCCCUGCGCCUACAACAAGUGUCUCAACAAGAUCCUGGAAUCGCUGCAUCAGGAUGACGCCGAUAACAACAGCAGCAGCGAGACGAAGACCACUCAGUGAUCACUGACGACAAACGACGAUCACAACAACAACAGCAUCGAGACAAUGACUCAGUGAUCACAGAUUACAAAUGUAGCACCCAUAUUAAUGAGUGCAUAUUGUUGAUUGAUUCUUUCUUCCUACUUAGAAACUUGCUUGUCCUCCUUCAACUUCUCUGAACAAUCUGGAUAAAAAAUGUCAAAUUAAUGAAUGCUUUUCACUUCG